CUUGCAGGGCGGGAUCCCAUGGGCUGGAGGCGGAGGACGGGCAGCCUCUCCCGACAAGCAGCCAGCUCUUGCAGCAGACCGAUGGAAGGCAAAUUGUGGAGCGGAAGAAAAAGCAAAGAAAAAAACGAAAAGAGGAAUCCCGCUGUCUGGAUGAUUCUGUACGUUGCUUGAUGAUGGAAAUGCCAUUUGCCAGAGCAGAUAUUGAAGAUGAAUUUAGCAAUAAAAGCGCAGCUAAACCAUAUGUUAAAAAGACGAGAAAGAGAACUACUGGGAGGGAGAGUGAGGAAGACAAUCUAAUAAAGAAGAAAAAGAAAAAUCAAGACAAACCAAAUUACUUCAUCUCAGUUCCAAUCACAAAUCCAAAGAUCACAGACACUAUUCAGCUGCUCCAGGAUAAAAUAAUACAAAAGGAUAACAGGCUUUCUAAAGCAAUGGUUCAUUGUGGUUCUUUGCAUAUCACCCUCUCUGUGCUACAUUUGGCCAGUGAAGAAGCAGUUGACAAUGCAGUUGGUGCUUUCAUGGCGAGUAAAGAUUUAAUUCAAGAACUACUGCAAGGAAAGCCAUUGGAUCUGUCUUUUCAAGGAACCGAUCACUUUAGACAUCAGGUUGCAUUUGUGAAGUUGACUGACAGUGAUCAUGCAACCACUCUUUUCAAGAUAGCAGAUAUUGUGAGGAAGAUGUUUAAAGAAAAGGGCAUCGUCACAGGAGAAGAUAAAGCUUUUAAGCCUCACUUGACUUUCAUGAAGCUGUCAAAAUCGCCAAAACUACGAAAACAGGGAGUGAAAAGAAUUGAUCCAACCUUAUUUGAGAAUUUCAAGAGCCAUCAUUUUGGAGAUGAAUCCAUGAAGCGUCUAGAUCUUUGUGCAAUGUUGAAAAAGAAGCAACCUAAUGGCUACUAUCACUGUGAGUCCUCUAUCACAGUAGGUGAAAAGAAAGGGGCAGAGCCAGAUGAUGCGGAAUUGCUGAGCCUCAGCAAAAGGCUGGUGGAGAAUGCAGUCCUCAAGGCGGUGCAGCAGUACCUAGAAGAAACCCAAAACAAAAACAGACUGACAGAUUUUGAAAGCCCAGUGAAAACUGAGGAGGCAGCCAUUGGCAAUAGCAAGGAAAGUGAGAAUGACAAUAGAAAAUGAGUGCUUUGAAGGAGGCCAAGAUCAGCUCUGCUGAGCUAUCUUGGCUGACAUGAGUUGUGAUUUGUGAUUGUCUGUUAUCAGGCACCUCAUUUGAACAGAGGGUUGCUAAUUUACAGAGCUUCAUGAUAACAAAUAUGAAGGCUGCUAAGAAUAAAAAAAAAAACUACUGAAUGCUGGGAAAGAAGGCAAGACAGAGGGGGCCAGAAGGAUGGAGAGAUCUGACUACUAAAGUGCCAGCUUCGUUGUGUUCUCAGCUACAGGAAAAAAAUGAAUCUCUACUCUUUCUUUGUGUGCCCCGUGGAUACAAAACAAGGCCAAGGGA